AUGGCGACCAUUGGCACUCUGGCGGCGUUUGAUGCUAAAAGUCAAAGCUGGGAAGAAUACUGUGAGAUAAUGGAGCAGUUUUUUGAGGCCAACAAAAUUGAUGACGGAGAUAAGCAAAGAGCUAUCCUCCUCAGCGUGGUCGGCGCAUCUACGUACAGUUUAAUGCGUAACCUCCUCAGCCCGGAGAAACCGAAAGAGAAAACUUACCAACAACUCGUGGUGCUGCUGAAAAACCACUUUGACCCGAAACCAAGUGAAAUCGUGCAAAGUGGAUGCUCACUCCAAGUGGUUGGAUCUAUAUCCUACCAAGACAAGCUCUUCUCAAGUGACCAUGAGAAGCUAGGUCUCUUCGGAGUCACUCGUUAUGGUGUCCAUAUUAACGCCUACACCGUGGGGACCAAUGGGGAGCUCAGGAUGUGGCUCGCUCGCCGCUCUGCCACGAAGCAGACCUACCCCGGGCUCCUGGACAACAUGGCUGCAGGGGGUCUCGCUGCUGGUCUCGGUGUAGAACACACAGUGGUGAAAGAGUGUGAGGAGGAGGCUUGCGUCCCCGCGGAGCUGGCUCGUACAGCUCGCCCUGUCAGCACAGUCAGCUACACGUACGACGACGACGAUGGUGUUUUCGCUGAGACACAGUUUGUCUUCGACCUCGAGGUUCCUCCAGACUUCACUCCAACUCCAGGCGACGGAGAGGUCCAGGACUUCUACCUGCUGCCCAUACACCAGGUCCGGGAGCUUUUGGCCACUGAGGACUUCAAACCUAACUCUGCUAUGGUGGUGCUGGACUUCCUCAUCCGUCACUCCCUCAUCCACCCAGACAAAGAACCGUUCUAUCAGGAGUUUGUGUCUGGACUUCAUCACAGACUUUAG